AGGAGUGGGGUGUAAAAGCGGAGCUCUCUGGACUCGUAGGGGGUGUGUGUGUCGACAAUGGAGGAAGAAGAUAUAGAGAUCCUUUCAUCUUCCGAUAGCGAAGAUUCCGGAGAUAGCUAUGAAGAAGAGUCUCAGGAAUCGGAAGGGGAAAUCGAAAACCCAGAGUGCGAAGAACGUCCGGCGGUUUCUCCUUCAUCCGACGCCGAUCGGAAAUCUAAGAACGUCAAUGAUCUUUUGAGGGGCAAUCUGGUCGUACAACGGCAGCCACUCCUUCCUCGGGUGCUUUCAGUUUCAGAAGGAGCGGCAGUUUGUAGGAAGCCCUUCAAGCCUCCGUGUUCUCAUGGUUAUACUUCCACGGGGCAACUCUCUCGUCGUCUUUCGGCUCGAAAACGGUUUGUCCCAUGGGGUUCAACAACUCCAGUUGUGGUUGUUUUACCUACUAAGCUAGAAGAAUCGCCCAAUAUCGAGAAAGAUGAAGAAGAGGAAGUUGUUUGUUUGCCACCUGAUGUUGAACCCUUGAUAUUGUGGCAAUCUGAAGAAGAUGGAAUGAGCAAUGUAACAACAAUCAUGGUGCACUCAUUGCUUGUCAAAUUUCUUCGCCCUCAUCAAAGAGAAGGUGUCCAGUUCAUGUUCGAUUGUGUGUCGGGACUACAUGAGUCCGCAAAUAUAAAUGGGUGCAUUCUGGCUGAUGAUAUGGGUUUGGGGAAGACACUGCAGUCCAUUACUUUACUAUACACGCUUCUUUGUCAAGGAUUUGAUGGGACGCCUAUGGUUAAAAAGGCCAUUAUUGUUACACCAACGAGUCUUGUCAGUAACUGGGAAGCUGAAAUUAAGAAAUGGGUUGGUGACAGGAUUCGUCUUAUAGCCCUCUGUGAGAGCACUAGAGAUGAUGUUAUAUCUGGAAUAGAUAGUUUCACUCGACCACGAAGUGCUUUGCAGGUACUUAUCAUUUCUUACGAAACAUUCCGAAUGCACUCAUCCAAGUUCUUGCAGAGUGAAUCCUGUGAUCUUCUAAUAUGUGAUGAGGCCCAUAGGUUGAAAAAUGACCAGACACUAACUAACAGGGCGUUGGCUUCAUUGACAUGCAAACGUCGUGUUUUGUUGUCUGGAACUCCCAUGCAGAAUGACUUGGAAGAGUUUUUUGCCAUGGUAAACUUUACAAAUCCAGGGAGUUUAGGUGAUGCUGCGCAUUUUCGCCAUUAUUAUGAGACACCUAUUAUAUGUGGAAGAGAACCUACAGCCACUGAGGAAGAAAAAAACUUAGCUGCUGACCGCUCCGCAGAACUGAGUUCAAAAGUCAAUCAGUUUAUUUUGAGGAGAACCAAUGCAUUGCUCUCAAAUCACUUACCACCUAAGAUAAUUGAAGUAGUUUGCUGCAAGAUGACUACUCUCCAGUCCACUUUGUACAACCAUUUUAUUAGCUCAAAAAAUCUUAAAAGAGCACUUGCUGAGAAUGCAAAGCAAACCAAAGUUUUGGCUUAUAUAACAGCUCUUAAGAAGCUCUGCAAUCAUCCAAAGCUAAUCUACGAUACAAUAAAAAGCGGCAGUCCUGGAACUGUUGGGUUUGAGAAUUGCUUAGAGUUUUUCCCUGCAGAAAUGUUCUCUGGGAGAUCUGGAGCAUGGACUGGAGGUGAUGGUGCCUGGGUCGAGCUCUCUGGGAAAAUGCAUGUUCUCUCCAGACUUUUGGCCAACCUACGUCGGAAAACUGAUGACCGCAUUGUCCUUGUAUCAAACUACACACAGACAUUGGAUCUUUUCGCUCAACUCUGUCGUGAAAGAAGGUAUCCGUUUCUGAGGCUGGAUGGAUCAACAACAAUCAGCAAGAGGCAGAAGCUUGUUAACCAGUUGAACGACCAAGCAAAGGAUGAGUUUGCAUUUCUCUUAAGCAGCAAGGCGGGUGGCUGUGGAUUAAAUUUAAUAGGUGCUAACCGACUUGUUUUGUUCGAUCCCGAUUGGAAUCCUGCCAAUGAUAAACAAGCUGCGGCUAGAGUUUGGAGAGAUGGGCAAAAGAAAAGAGUAUAUGUCUACAGGUUUCUUAGUACCGGAACUAUUGAAGAAAAGGUUUACCAGCGCCAGAUGUCAAAAGAAGGGCUUCAAAAAGUUAUUCAGCAUGAACAGGCGGAUAACAGCACGAGACAGGGGAACUUACUUUCCACAGAGGAUCUACGAGAUUUAUUUUCCUUCCAUGGGGAUGUUAGGUCUGAAAUCCAUGAAAAGAUGAGCUGCAUCCGGUGCCAAAAUGAUGCCUCUGGUACUGAAAACAUCGAAGAAAGAAAUGAGAACAACGGUGAUGGCAAUGCUUGCCAGAUUGACAUUGACCAAGAAGACAUUGGUGGAUUUGCAAAAGAUGCAGGAUGCUUGAACUUGUUAAAAAACUCCGAGAGACAGGUGGGCACUCCAUUGGAAGAAGAUCUAGCUAGCUGGGGUCAUCAUUUUACCGCAAAAUCCGUUCCAGAUGCUAUACUGCAAGCUUCAGCAGGUGACGAGGUUACAUUUGUUUUCACAAACCAGGUAGAUGGGAAGCUCAUUCCCAUCGAAUCAAAUGUUAGUCCGAAACUAGUGGAAUCCGAAGAGCACAAUCGGAACCAAACUGUAAAUAAACGUGCGUUUAACAAACCACAACAAAGACCUCGGGAACCGCUGCAACCUUUAUCUCUCAACGAUACCACAAAAAGAGUCAAGUUGUCUACUUAUAAGCGUUUACAUGGCACUAGCAACAUUGUUGAUGCUCAGAUUCAAAUGUCUCUACAAAGACCUAAUCAAGUUUCUGUAAAUCAUGAUGAUGAUUUUGUAUGAGAUUAAAGUUUUUGAACCUCGAGAUCCAUCAUUGGGCUUGAAGUUUACUCCAUAAAUGACUAUAAUGGAUUUAUGAUGUGGGAAUGCUAGCUGGAGUGUUCCCUUGAGGUUAUAAGUUGAGGGGACAGA